AUGUAGUAACUAGUUUAAUCAUAUGAUGCAGAUUAUACAAAUAAGUUUUUUUCUAAGGACAUAGUGAUGAUCUUAUAUUAUACCUUGGAUUAGAUUAAAUAAGAGACACUUUAUGAAUAUCCGAAAAUAUCAGAAAUUCUUGCCGAUACAGGUUCCAUAGUAAGUUGGUUUUUCACAUUAUCUUAUUUUGUGACACUAUAUAAUAAAGAACUUAGUAUGCAAAAUAUCAUUACAGAAGUUAUAUAAAUGUACUAUAAUGAUUUUAAAAAUUUAUCAAUUAAGAAAAAUUGGUAUGGGAAAAUAAAUGAAAUUUCAUUUAAGGACAAAUCUUGUGAUAUGGCUAAAAUGCAAAAACUUUUAAAGAAAUUAGAAGAACUUGCAAUUUAAAAAUUAGAUUAAAAAAGUAUUUUGCUUGAAUUAUCGAAAUUAUAAAAUUUAUUGGUCAGAUAAUUGGGAUAGGAGUAAAUAUACUAAUAAUUAAUUCAAUCUUAAAAAUUAGAGUCUCUAAUUGAUAAAUAUGGAUUAUUAGAUCAAAAAGACAGCUCUCAUUUUGCUAAUUUAAUAUUCCCCUAAGGAGAAUUAUCAAAUAUGAAUUUAAAGCAGCAAGAGGGUUUAGAAGGUGAAUCUAACCUAAAUAUAGAACAAUCACUUGAAUAGGAAUUAGAAAAAUAAGUUUGUCUGUUUUAUUACCUAGAUAAUUUAAAAAUAUAAAUUGAAGACAAAACAUUAUUGAUAGAUUUUAAAGACAAUCAUCAAAUUCAAAAAUUCAAUUCUAAUGUAUUACGUGUAGAACAUUUUUCAUCAUUUCAAUGA